AUGGAGAGUCGAGAUAGAGGAAACAGACAUGGACGAUCAAACAACCGCAGCAGAUUUAGGCCCAAGCGGUCUAAAUCCAGAAAUCCCAGAGGGAUAGUGACUGCAGUUGCAGUUGCUGGGGGCUUUACUAAGAAGAGUGGGGACAAAAGCACCACUUGCAAAUAUUUGAGAAGAAGAUGUGCUUCGGAUUGCAUUUUCUCUCCUUAUUUUCCUUCCAAUAAUCCUCAAAGAUUUGCUUGUGUUCACAGAAUCUAUGGUGCUAGCAAUGUUGCAAAAAUGUUGCAGCUAGUCCCAGUGAACCAAAGAGGGCAAGUAGCAGAAACAUUAUAUUUCGAGGCACAGUGUAGGAUACAAGACCCAGUGUAUGGAUGUGUGAGAACCAUAUCUCUACUGCACGAGCAUAUAAAAAAUGCAGAAAGAGAGCUGGCCAAGACCCAGGCUGAGAUUGCCUUCGUAAAUGCUCAUCUUCAUCAUCAAGCUCUUCAACAUGGUGGUAUCGAUCAUCACACCGGCUUCAAAGAUUUCUUGCCGGAGCAAGACAUUUUUAAGGGCCUCCCGCCACACCCCGCCAGCGAUCCUCAUGCGCAACCCCCUUAUAAUCAGUUUAUGUAG